AUGGGCCGGGAGGCCCGGAGAGGCACGUGAGAACAUGAGGGGCCAGGAAAUGACAGUACCUGGCUUGGCGACUGUACUGGUUGUGAGGGGACCGGGUGUAGGUCUGGCAGGUCGUGAGGGGCCAGGUGUGAGUGUCUAACUAGGGGAGCAAGGUGAAAGCCUAGGGGUAAGUGGACAGGUAAGGGAUUGGGUUGUGUGAAGGGUUGGGGUGCUUUCUCAGGGGCCAAGUUGAAAGGACUUGUGCACACCGUUUAGCAAGGGACUGGGACUCCUGAGGGCGGGGACGAGGGACAACCUUGGUACCAGAGUGAGGGGGUAAUGCCUGUGCGAGGAGGAGGAGGAGGAGAGCAAAGGGCGAAGGCAGGAGCAUGUGGGAUGGUGAAGGAGUUGAGGGCAGGGGUGGGAGGAAGGAAUGAAGAUUGUGAGACUUAGAUGAGGGUGAGAGAUUGGUUCUGAGGCCUCUUUUGAUGGACUGUUCUGCCCAGUGAGAACAAUAAUUUUAGACUAAGUAGGAGAGCUUGGGUGGAAAUGUUGUGCACUUGAGUGCCCUGUACCCAUAAAAAAAAUAGGGUCUACAUAUUCUGGAGUGCAAAAAUUGGAGGUGUCACAGGCAAUAGUAAUAAAAAUAAUUUUGGGAGCUGUUUCAACAGAGGAAUUACUGGAACUUUAGUACCUAAGUUCCUCUUUUGGACUGCAGACUUGAAGGUGAUCUUUCUCAUAAAGGUUUUUUUUUUUUUUGGCUAUGACUAUGUUUGUCUUCUUUCCACCUGCUUCUAGGCAGCCUUACUCCACUGCUACUCCUCACCUGUGCUGAGCUUUGGGGCUUUGAUAAUUGUUAUCUGUAUCGGACUGACCACUUUCAAGUUUUAACUCUACUUUCAUGGAGGUCACAUGGCUUGUCACAGCACUAUAUUUAGACUCACAAAGAAGAUUAUGAAAUAAUGGUGACAGUUGUUGUUAAUGUGCUGUUGAGUUUGUUCCGAUUCAUGGUGACCCUGUGUACAACAAAAUGAAACACUGUCUGGUCCCGUGCCAUCCUUCCAGUCAUUGCUAUGUUUGAGCCCAUUUUUACAGCCACUGUGUCAAUCCAUCUCAUUGAGGGUUUUCCUCUUUUACACCGACCCUUUACUUUACCAAGCAUUUUAUCCUUCUCCAGGGACCAGUCUCUCCUGAUAACAUGUCCAAGAGAUGUGAAAGUCUUGUUAUCUCGCUUCUAAGGAGCAUUCUGGCCAUACUUCUUCCAAGUCAGAUUUGUAUUCUGGACUGGGCAGCGACCUCUGGUGUCUGUACUCCAGCCUGGUGCAUCCUUGGCUCCAUGGCCAGCUACUGGCUCUUACAGACCGGAUGAAGCGGACUGGAGACACAAGUGGAGAAAGCCUCCAGUUGGCACAUCCCCUGAGUGUGGCCUUCUGGCCGCUGGCUCUGCCCAGCCUGCCUCAUGGAGAGGAUGAAUUGGCUGAGCAGACUGGCCUCCCGGGGCCCUGGGCACCGUGUACCUCCGGGGGCCAGUCUGCAGACCCCUGUCAUGGCUGACCCUGAAACCUGCCUCAUGGUCUUUAAGAAUCACUGGUCCCAGGUGGUGCGAAUUCUGGAGCGGCGAGGCCCUAGGGCAGCUCCUGGGGGUACAGAUGAUCUCAGUGCUGUGUGCAACCACACUUAUCAGAUGCUGACACUGUUGGCAGAGGAUCGUGCAGUCCCUUCAGCACCCACAGCCCCUGGGCCCCUGCUGGAGUUUGCUCUGCGUGAGGAUCUGCUGACCCGUGUAUUGGCAUGGCAGCUGCAAUGGGAUGAGCUUGGAGAUGGGGUUGAGGAACGGCGGGCUGAACAGCUGAAACUAUUUGAGAUGCUAGUGAGCGAAGCUCGCCAGCCAUUAUUGCGGCAUGGUCCAGUUCGAGAAGCUCUGCUGGUCCUACUGGAUGCCUGCGGCCGCCCUGUGCCCAGUAGCCCAGCACUGGAUGAAGGCCUGGUGCUACUCCUCAGCCAGCUCUGUGUGUGUGUGGCCCGGGAGCCUUCAUUGCUUGAGUUCUUCCUGCAGCCACCUCCUGAGCCUGGAGCUGCCCCUCGUCUUCUUCUCUUCUCUUGCCUUGUCCCCUUUGUCCAUCGAGAGGGCACUCUGGGUCAGCAGGCCCGUGAUGCCCUACUCCUGCUCAUGGCUCUGUCAGCUGGGAGCCCCACUGUGGGCCGCUACAUCGCAGAUCACUCUUACUUCUGCCCGGUGCUGGCCACAGGACUGAGUGCCCUGUAUUCCUCACUGCCCCGAAAGAUUGAGGUUCCAGGAGAUGAUUGGCAUUGCCUGCGACGAGAGGACUGGCUGGGAGUGCCAGCUCUUGCGCUGUUCAUGAGCUCCCUAGAGUUCUGCAAUGCAGUUAUUCAGGUGGCUCACCCCCUGGUGCAGAAGCAGCUGGUAGAUUAUAUCCAUAAUGGGUUCCUGGUGCCUGUCAUGGGCCCUGCCCUGCACAAGACCUCGGUGGAGGAGAUGAUCGCCAGUACCGCCUAUCUGGAACUUUUCCUACGGAGUAUCUCAGAGCCUGCCUUGCUCCGUACCUUCCUGCGAUUCCUGCUGUUACACCGGCAUGACACCCACACCAUCCUUGACACCCUUGUUGCCCGUAUUGGCAGCAACUCCCGGGUAUGGCCCCUACCUCUGUCCUGGCUUACUUGGCUCUGCAUGGUUUCUCUGAGUCUCUUCAGGACCCUACUGAACCUCAGCUGUGAGGAUGUCCUACUGCAGCUGGUUCUCAGGUAUCUUGUCCCAUGUAACCACGUGAUGCUGAGCCAGAAGCCAGCUGUGCGUGAUGUGGACUUAUAUGGGCGAGCAGCUGACAAGUUUCUCUCCCUAAUCCCACGCUGUUGUCGGCACCGUGCCCCUAGCCCACCCCGUCCAGAGCAUGCCUCGUGGGCACGAGGUGGGCCUUGCAGAGAGGCAGGGAGAAGGGAGGACACCACGGGCCCUGGAAGCCCGAGUGUUGAUUCCUCUUCUGUUGUGACGGUGCCCCGGCCCUCUACACCAUCUCGUCUGGCCUUCUUCUUGCGGCAGCAGAGCCUGGGUGGCUCUGAACCCCCAGCCCCAGCUCCUCGCUCCCCAGGGCUUGCCGCAUCCCCAGCCUCCAGCCCUAGCCGACGGCCCAGCCCUGCAGAGGAGCCUGGUGAGCUGGAAGACAAUUACCUGGAGUAUCUGCGUGAGGCACGUCGUGGCGUAGACCGCUGUGUCCGAGCCUGCCGUACCUGGUCUGCUCCCUAUGAUGGCGAGAGGCCCCCUCCUGAGCCCAGUCCUAUUGGCUCCCGGACUAAGAAACGCAGCCUACUGCCUGAGGAGGACAGGGACAAUGUGGGGGAAGGGGAGGAGGAAGAGCUGGGGAGUGGGGGACUGGCUGGGGGUGCAGGGGGGGACCCUGGCCACCUGCCCCCUCCCCAGCUCAAUGGGGUGCCAGGACCAUGGCCAGAUGGGGCCAAGAAGGUUCGCCGGGUGCCAGAGGAGGGAGCUGGGGAACUGCUGGAGGGUACCUCCGAGGGCAUGGCAGGACUAGAGGGCUUUGGGCAGGAGCUCCAGGAGCUGGAGGUGGCAUUGAGCAAUGGAGGGGCUGGCACAGAGCCCCCCCUAGAGCCUCCACUACCUCUUGAGGAGGAGGAGGCCUACGAGAACUUCAGCUGCCCCCCUGAGCCCCCUGGCCCCUUCCUCAGCAGCCCUUUGCGGACUCUCAACCAGCUGCCAAGCCAGCCCUUUACUGGCCCCUUCAUGGCUGUGCUCUUUGCCAAACUCGAGAACAUGCUGCAGAACUCCGUCUAUGUCAACUUCCUGCUGACGGGGCUGGUGGCCCAGCUGGCCUGUCACCCCCAGCCCUUGCUCCGCUCUUUCCUGCUCAACACCAACAUGGUCUUCCAGCCCAGUGUCAAGUCCCUGCUGCAGGUGCUGGGCUCUGUGAAGAAUAAGAUUGAGAGCUUCGCCGCCUCCCAGGAGGACUUCCCAGCACUGCUUUCCAAAGCCAAGAAGUACCUCAUUGCCCGUGGCAAGCUGGACUGGGCUGAGGGGCCUGCAGCAGGACCUGUCCCCCGCCGCUCUGAUCCUCUAGUGAAGAGCCGGAGGCCAUCCUUGGGGGAGCUGCUCCUGCGGCACGCACACAGUCCAACCAGGGCCCGCCAGGCGGCACAGUUGGUCCUUCAGCCUGGGCGAGACGGAGCAGGACUUGGCCUAGGUGGGGGCUCCCCUGGGGCUUCAACUCCAGUUCUGCUCCCCCGGGGCGGGGCCCCUGAGCGCCAAGGUGAGGCUCUGCGUGUCAAGAAUGCUGUCUACUGUGCAGUCAUUUUCCCUGAGUUUCUCAAGGAAUUGGCUGCCAUCUCCCAGGCCCAUGCUGUCACCUCGCCUUUCUUGUUGGAUACUUCAGAGGAGGGUUCUGCCCCUUCUGUUUCAGGCUUUGGGCCCCUCAAUCCUUAACUCUCUUCCAUGGACAAUCAGGGCCGUGGGUGGCCUGGGUUGGGGCCAGGGCGCAGGCUCCUUUUUGUUUGGAGGCAGUGGCAAGAGGACUUUUUAAUUUAUUUCAGAAGAACUGUUUUAUGGAGAACUUAUUGCAAUAUGUAUAAAAGGGAAAUCUCUAUUCUGUGCUCAUUUUCUUUCCCACCCUUUUCUGUGGGGCUGGGGCCCCAAGAAGGCUGUACAUGGAUGGGGAGAUGAUUAGGGGUUAUUUUUUCUCUGGUGAGGACAUUGAUGCCAAGUUUCAAGGUUCCUCUUAUGUCAUAUGUGCCAUCCCCUCAGAGGCAAGAAAACUGGAAAAAUGUAGGGACUCUCCCCCCUCCUCCAGACCCCAGAAGGAAGAAGCAGCAUGGGGCCAGGAUGGUUUGGGGGAGCAGCAGCUGGUGUUUAUUGGGAACCAGUAUCCCUAUGCCAGAUCUUGGGGGCCUUGCCCCCUGCAUCUCUUGCCUCAGCCUCAGUCGUCGCUGUCGAACUCCGAGGACAGACCCUGCAGCAGGGGCAGGGACAUGGAGUGCCGGUCGGGGUCCCCGGGGCCCCCACCCUGGGCUCCUGGUGGGGGGCUGCGGGGGCUGAAGAGCCAGUUUUCUGCCGGGGUUGGGGAUAUAGUCACAGCUUGACUCAUGCCCUGGUCUUUUGCCUCCCUACUCCCUCCAUUUGGACCUCUGUGUUGUCCUCACCCCUCGCCAGGGCCAUGCUUCCGUCUUGCCCUUCCCUGGCUCCCUCCCUCACUUUCCCUCACCAGGGUCCAGUACACAGUCAUGGGUGCUCCACACAUUCCUGGGCUAUACUCCCCAUGUCCUCUCCCUCUCUGCCUUGUCCCAUCCCUCAUUUCCAUUUCCCCUUGUAGUACCUGACAGCAUCAGUGGUCCCCUCCGGAAGGGGUUUCGGCCCUUGUAGGAGAAUCUGGUGGGUCUGCCCUCUGGCCCUUCCUGGGGAGGUGGUGUCGAUGGGGUUGGUACAGGUGGGGGUACAGCAGCAGCUUCGGGGAUAUUAGCAGGGGCUAAUGUGGGCGCCAGAGGUGGCAUGAUGCUAAGGUUGGGUCUGACCCAGUUGGCCCCAUGGGGCAAUGGGUCCUUGUUCAGGGGCUUCUGUGGUCCCAGCACACCCUUGGGCUGCAGUGAAAACUUGAGGCAGGAGAAGGCAAUAGGCAGUGACCGCUGUAACCGAAGCAGCUGGGGCUCACGGGCCGUGGGCAAUAGCCCCAGCUGCAGCCAGGAGCAGGAGAAGACCUGGUAGAUGACAUAGAUGCUGUGGGUGCCUCGGAGCCAAGAAAGAGUCUGCUGUAGGCUAACCUGCCCUGGUGGUAGCAGCAGGAAGGCCACCUUCUUGCGCAGACCACCCAAAUGUAAGCGGAUUCGGCAGGGCUGUCCAUCCAACAGUCGCAUCUCUUCAUAGGUUAUCUCUGCCCGGUCAUUUGGUGAGUAUUCUCGAGUACAGUAGGCAAAAGUACCCUCAGACCCUGUCUGCUCCAGGAGGCUUGGCAGUGGCCCCACUGGUUGCAGUGCCCGCCGACCCUGGCGACCUGGCAAAGCCAGGCGGGUAUGGGCUGGGCGGGACUGUUUCACUAGCACCCCCAGUAGGUCAUAGCAGGCUGCAUCCGACAGGAAAGGUACUGCCACUACGCCGGGCCCAAAGCGCUCCUCAAUGACCUGCGGGUGGCCAGUUUAUAGGUCAGGGACUGAGUAAGGGUCAGAAGUUAGCUUAGUAGCCUACUCUAGACAGAUCUUCCCGCUGUUCAACUACAUCUCCACAAUGUACUCAAAUUAUCCUACUUCCGGCUUAUCUCCCAGUUUUCUUCUGCAGCAAAACGGAAUGUCUGUGUGCCAAAUUCUGCUAGAUACAGGGAAUACAUAAAAGGAUGACACUUUGUUCUUGUCCUGAUAUAGCUCAUUUAGUGGGGGAGACAAAAAUUAGUUAAAUGAAAUACUACGCAGCAGGGUAUGGAGAUGACAGAAGUGGUUAACAGUCUUUGUCUUUGAUGGAAAGGGGACCAAAGAUGGUUUCUAAGUGGUAAUACUUGAGCUUUGAAGGAAUUAGUGAGGCAGAAGAAUGGUCAGUUCAAACAGGGGACAACCAGUAAAAACAUCUGAACUCACAAACCACGAGGGGCACAUUCAGGAACACAUAAUUAAUUUCAUAUUACUGAAAUGUAGGGUAUGAAGAAGGAGAGGCAGACAGGAACUCGAUUACGAAAGGCCUUGUGAUUUGCUAUUGUGACUGGAGUUUUAUCCUGAGGGGAAUGGGAAGGAAGCCACUUCAACGGCUUUGGGUAGGAGGGAAGUAUCAGUUGUUUAAGAAAGCAAAUUUUGAAUAGGAAGGCAUGAGAUAAGGAGAGGUAGAGAGAUCAGUUAAAGUACUGAAAACUCCGGGCAAGAGAUGAUGAAGACCAGAACUGAAAUAAUGGGUGAAGAUAUUAGAGAGAUUUAGGGUGUAGAAUCACUAGAAUUUGAUCACGGAUGGAUUGUGGGGAAAGGGAUCCUCAAGGAUCAUUCCUAGGUGAUUGGUUAGGUGGGUGAUGUCAUUAACUGAUAAUAGGUACACAGAAGUAGGUGGGGAAUGUCUUUUCAUACAUGGUAUUUAUAACCCCCUAGUUCUACUCUUCGAUGACACUGGGUUAGCAUACAUUUGCCCUGUCUUCAGGGGUUAUAAAAAGAUAGUUCUUUCAAUGGAAUCUGAGACCUCAUCUUUGUAAUGCUAAUUUUACCACACUUUUAGGGAUUCUAGUUUCCCUUAGUUUUUGUCCUUGUCUUGGCCUUUUUGGGCUUGGUAACCUAACUCUGGAAACCCUGCAAGACCCUCUCUAGUAAUUGUACCUAGGUUUUAUGGUUUUGACCUGUCCAGGAUAUUGUUGGCUGAGAUUUCUGGCUCUGUGUUCUGCUAGGGAGAAGGGGCACAUAAAAUUCCCUCUUUGGGCCCUUUUCAUGUUUGAGCCCUGUGCCUAAAGUGGUAUACUCCCUACCCCCAGCCACCAAAUGCUACGUGUCUGUGUACCUCCUCAUGGCAUUGCCCGCUUUGCUGGCCUGCUGGUAGAAUUCCCCAUUGUUCCUUUAGGCUGCUCUUUCUGUUAUAAAGCUGUUUUUGAAGUGCUGCCCUCUAGCUUAAGAGGAAGGUAGCCUUCUGAUUUGAGUUGUAUCUACUGUGGACAAACUGAAGUAGCUAGAAGGUUGUGAUCUUUUGCCACCUGGCCAAGGAAAUAGGUAUUUCUUGAUAUUUAUGGAGGAAUCUCCCUCCCAUUCCUUCUCUUUGCUUCACUGAGACAUGGAGCACUUUUCUUCUGGGUGCCUGAAGAACAGGGCAUUAAGUUUCCAGCUAGGUUUCCAGGGGUGAAAGCAGAGCACCAGUGGGUUGGGCAUUUUUAGAUAGAGUGCUGUGCCCCAUGACAAAGCAUAGUCACCAAGUGUAAAUCCUGAAGCUUACCGUUUACGUCUAGCCUCCUUCACAAGUAAGACAAAUGGAAAUAUCUCCAGGAGAGGCCCCUCUAGUGAGGAGUAUGACAUUUAAAAUAUCUGGUGCUUAUGGUCCAAGCUUCUGAUAAAAGGGUGAGUUCCUGCCUUACCUGGAGAUUUUUUUCUAGUAUAUAGGCAUUGAUUUUCCAUGGAGGUUUACUAGGUCCUCUUACUUUUAAGGGCCCCAAAGGCCCCAGUGGUUAUCCUAAAAUAGGGAAAAUUGAGGAGCUUAGUUCUUUGCUGGGAUGACUGUUCCUUGCUAGAGUCACCAUCUGAGACUACUACCAGCUUCCAUUGAACUUCUACCUCUGGGCUCCCACCCACUGCUGUGCAGUUGAUUCCCACUCAUAGUGACCCCAUGGGGCUUCCAAGGCUGUAAAUCUCUAUGGAAAGCCACAUCUUUCUCCUGAAGCCGCUGAUCUUUUGGUUAGCAGUUGAUCACUUUAACCACUGCCCCACCGGGGCUCCUUAUCUGUGGGUCCAAUUCUAUGAAACUUAGAGACCUUGAAAAUUUAGGUCUUUUAAGGGCAGCUCAGAGCCCUGGUGGCACAGUGGUUAAGAGUUCUGCUGCUGACCAAUACAUUGGCCGUUUGGAUACACCAGCCACUCCUUGGAAACCCUAUGGGACAGUUCUACUCUGUCCUAUAGGGUAGCUAUGAAUUGGAAUUGAUGGCAAUGGGUUUUUUUUUUUUUUUUUAAGGGCGGCUCAGGAGGAUGAUGGUGGAAGAUUGUCUUCCUGGAUAUAUCCUGUGUAGUUUGAAUUCUGAAGGGGGAGCUCUUGAGCCACAUUCUGUUCAUCCAGAUAUUCUACAACAUGCCUAAUUGUCAUCAGUUGUAGAGAGGUUUUUGUUUUGUGUAGAGAGGAAACCAGAUCACUCAAAGAUGACCUAUUUGGAAUUUGCCACAUUCCACCCGUGAUUUAUCCUGCACUUCUCUACCCUGACUUCCUGACUGUUUGCCAUUUAAAUAGGAUAGGGAGUUUUUCUGAAACUUGGAGAUGGUAUAACUUUCUAAUAGUUGAGACCCUAUUUACUUUUACCCUAAUUCUGAUUGAUCUAGUCCAGAACCAACCUUCUACACUGUUGAGACUAGCUUCUCUAAUACUUGGGAGAAUCUUGGCUGUCUUGUUUCUGCUUCUCUGGGAAGCUGGCCUUUGCAGCUACUCCAUUUGGAAUGGCAGCAACAUGCCAUUAAGGCUGCUUUGAGUCUGGUAGGCACUGCUUUAAGAUGGUUCUGUUAAGCUUUGUGUCUGCCUUCUGUGUGUGCUUUAAAUCCCAUAGCCAGAGCCUGAUCCCUAAAUUCUCCAACCUGAGAAAUUUGCAGCCUGCAACUGACAAGUUAUUUGGUGGAAUUUGUUGGACUCCUGCAUCCCAGGUACAGCUGAGAUCUCCCUACUCCUUGAAAUCUCCAUAUUUGGCCUACAACCCAAAUUUCUCAUUCUUUGGAAAUUAAGGUAGAGGGAAAUAUCUGAAGAGUUGAAGGUAAAGACCAUGUUCUUUAAAACACUUAAAGGGCCUUUCCUGAUCAGCCCUUAUGCCUUUUCAGCCUCGUUUUCACCACUACCUCUUUGAAUUUUACUCUAGCAGACCACUUACAGUUCAAAAAUACAUAUUUUUCUUUUUCCUCUCCUGGCUUUUGUACAUGCUCUACCUCUUUGAUUAGUACAUUGUUCACUCACCCUCCCUUCUGCUUAUUACCUUACUCAGGUAUUUCUUAAGCACCUUUUAUGUGUCAGGUACUUCUCUCCCCCUUUGUGUGAAUAACUCCUACUUGUCUAGCUAGGAUGUCACACUCUUUAGGAAACUUUCCUGACUUAAGACUUAUCCUUGAUUAGUUCCUCAUGUUUCUGGUCUCAUACCCCCUUAUUUACCCACCUUAUCCUUGAUGAGGGUCCAGGUGGCAUCAGCUUCAUCUAGUGUCAGCAGGUGGGGGGUACCAACCAACAUGGUGUGGUAUGGGGUGUGGGAAGGGUUGGGCACGGUGGUGGCUGCUGCAAGAACCCCAAGCUACCCAGGGAGGUGAGGCCCCCAACCUUGGGCUCUGAUCUACUGCAGCAUGAGGUCAUAGAGGUCUAGCUAGGUGAUGAGUCCUUGGGUAGGGAGAGGACAGUCACUUCCUUACCCUUACUAUACCUACAGCCCAAGUCCAUACUCUUGAGUCACCUAUGCAUUCUACUGCUUUAAGGAAGGAAAAUGCAGGUAUCAUAAUUCUUGGUCUGAGUUCUUUAGGCAAACAGGAUCAGGCCUCUCUUCUGCCCUGAAGAGAUUUUCUAUCUUGUCAGCAGCAGAUGCCUCUUUAGUGAGGUUGGAUUAAGGUCUUAGAGGACUGUGGGAGAAGUAUAGGUCAGGACUUACACAGAGAACCAAGCAGUGGUUCUCAGCCUUGGCUGUGCUUUGGAAUUGCCUGAGGACUUUAAAAAUUACUGAUGCCUGGGUUCUACCCUCAGAGAUUCUGAUUUAAUUGGUCCAGGGUAUGCCUGGGUAUCAGGAUUUGUAAAAGCUCCCCAGGAAACUCUCAUGUGCAACCUAGGUUGAAGCCCAUUAUUAAUGGAUGGGUUAUAAUUACAAUGAAAGCCAGAUGGUGUGUAGGGGGUUGUCAUGUAGAGCAGUGACAACUUGGAGAGUAAGAAUCUAAUUGGGAUAAUGUUGCCUUAGUAACUGGAGGGAGCUUUCAGGAAGCCAGAAUUACCCAGCUAUAUUUGAGGAAAUUUUUCUUCAUGUUCCACUCCCUGUCCUAGGUUCAUCUGUGUCUAGUAGCUGUUCUCCCACUCCAGCCCUGAUCUUUGUGAUUUCUCCUUGUGUCUCUGUCCAGAGAUCACAACCUGGUGUUUUGCUGGUGAAGAAGAAUUGUUCUUCUCUGUGGAAGAACCACUCUAAAGGUCCUUUUCAGUAGCUACUCUCCCACUCCUCCCCAUAUCUGUCCAAGGAGUUCUCUCCGAGUCCCUCUAGAAAAUCUUCUGUGUGCUGAGGGAGACCUCUUGCAUAUAUCCUUCCCUAACCUAGAAUAUAGGGUUAUUUCACAAAGGUGGCAGUAGCCUAAGCUGGCUGGUAUGGAAUGAGUGUAGAGGCACAGGGAAGGGUCUUACAGUGGUGGGAAGUAGGAUUGUCAAUAUGUGACUGAAUGGCCUCAGAGGAAGGCAGGUCUACCUAGGCAGAGUCAAUAGUGUGGGUGCCAGGUCUUUGAACAAAGGUUCUACAGUGGGUGUGGGUCUAUAACCCAAGAGAGGGAUGAAUAAUAUCAAAUAUUUGUUGAGCUCUUGUGUACUAGGGGCUGUGUUGGAUACUAUGCAUUAUUUUAGUUAAUUCUUGCAGUAACCUAGAGAAGUAAGUACUAUUAUUACCCAAUUUUAAAUGUGAAGAGACUGAGGCUCAGAGAGGUUAAAUAAGUAGCCCGAGGCCGUACAGUGAGUUAAUGGAUGAUCUGAGAUGCAAAUCCAAGUCUGCCUAAUUUCAACUUUGACAAACAGUAGUUCUUCUUGGAGAAGGGAGAAAACAUGUUCCUUCUGCUCGCCUUGGUGUGUGAUGAGAGGGAUGCAUACUAGAUAGAAAGCACAGACUGGUGUAGUAAAGGAAAAUGAACAGGAUGAGAGGAGCCACAAUGGACCAAACCUUAUUUAGAAACCCUGAGUUUUUUAUUAAGACAAGCGGAACCAAGUGUCUUCCUCCUACUGCCCGGUUAGCUCAUUUUAUAUUAUGGUUGACCAGGAGAGACCACCUGGUGUAGUACAGUUGGCAUCUGUAUUAGUCUCUUAGGGCUGUCAUAACAAAAUAUCAUAAACUCGAUGGCUUACAGAAACAGAAAUUUAUUGUUUCACAGUUCUGGAGGCUGGGAGUCCGAGAUCAGGUUGUGUUGAUUCCUUCUGAGGCUUUGAGGGAGAAUCUGUUCCAUGCCUCUCUCCCAGCUUCUGGUAGGUCAGGGCAUUCCUUGUAGUUGCAGUGUCACAUGAUGCCCUUCCUCUGUCCCUGUGUCUCUUCUCUGAUUUUAUAAGGACACCAGUAUGAUUGGAUUAGGACCCAGCCUGCUGUGAUAUGAUCUCAUGUUAACUGAUAAUAACAUCUUCAGAGACCCUGUUUCCAAACAGGAUAAUGUUCACAGGUGCCAGGGGUUAGGACGUCCACAUAUUUUUUGGGGGGACAUAGUUUAAUCCGUAUCAGCACUUGGUUCCCUCCAGAAAGGAAUUCUGAUUGAGGUAAACUGAAAUAGAUACAUGCAUAAGGACAAUGGCCACAGACCUGGGGCAAAACUGACAGUUCAAUGCGAAAAGACAGUAGAGGUACAGA